GGGCGGGGGUUGUGCCCUGCCCGGGUUCCUCCGCUGGCCACCCGCGGGAUUCUCCGCCGCGGCGCUUGCUUCUUGCUUUCCGGCGGAGAGCUCGGAAUGUGGUGAUGCCAGCCAGGCUUCUCCAAGUCCUGGCCAGACCUCACAGAAUAUUACCUAAAACACAGCAGAGCUACAGACUGAUUGGGCGGACGUUAAAUCCACCUAAGGGAUUUGAAACUACGACAUGCAGCAUCCGGACCAUACGUCACAGCUUGGAUCUGUUCCCUCCUGGUGCAGCAGCGGAUGGUUUGAGAAAGUCUCUAGCCCUGGGAAUGAAUGGGAAAAUCACAAGCACAAGCCUGCCGUCUCCACUCAGUGCCGUGCAGUGCUGGGGUGAACCAGUGCCCCUUCCACCCAGGAAGUCGCUGGGAACUCACAGGAGAGUGACCCACAAGCCGAACCUCUUGGGUUCGAAGUGGUUUAUAAAAAUAUUAAGCAGGCGUUAUUCAUCUGCCUCAGCCGAGACCUUUGUCCCCAAACAAGACUUUCCGGAAAUCAAGAGGCCACUGAAACCCUCCAGGACCAGGCAGCCGUCCAGGACCAACCUUCCGGUGCUGUCCGUGAGUGAGGACCUGAUGCACUGCACAGCCUUUGCCACAGCUGACAAGUAUCAUCUGGGAAGUCUGGCCCAGGAGCUCACCUCCCACGGAUACGUUGAAGUCACGAACUUACCUAGAGAUGCAGCAAACAUUUUGGUGAUGGGUGUGGGAAAUGCCGCCAAGGAAGGUGACCCUGCAAUGGUGUUCUUCUUCAGGGAAGGAGCUGCUGUAUUUUGGAAUGUGAAAGACAAAACUAGGAAACAUGUGAUGCAAGUUCUAGAAAAGCAUGAGAUUGAGCCCUACGAAGUCGCGUUGGUACACUGGGAAAAUGAAGAGCUUAACUAUGAGAAAGUAGAGUAAGCAACUUUUUUCAGACUUACUGAAAGGACUGAAAUAAAGGUAAAACAGCGGAGGAAAUGAUUUAUGAAAACCAUGUAACUGUUGGUAUUAAACAAAUUUUUUAACUUCUUGGGCCAGCCACAAACUGAAACAAGUGGAAAGAUGGUAUCAUGCUAGAAAGAAAACAUUUGCUAAGUUUUCUAAGAAGCCUGAAGCAAGAAAAUAGCAUUCCUUCAUUUCAUGGAAUCUAUUACAUUGUUCCAGAAACAUUUUCUCUCCAGCAAAUCCUGUUGAUUGGGUGUUAACAGAAAGGAAGUGUAAUGAAGAGUGGUGUAUGGAGACCCAGGAAGUAUAGUGAGAGGUGAUGUGUGGGAACCCCUGGAGAGUCCAGGUCAGGAGAGUGAGGGUUGAUCGGUCAGGCUGAGUUUCCUUCCUGGCUGGCUAGGCCCCACCAGGAGAGCGCAGAGAGCGCACACGUCGGGAAGGUCCUGUUCCACGUCAAGUACCUUUUGGUUAAACAGACAGAGCUGUUGUGAAUGAAGGAGGAGGCAGAGCUUCAGGGAAUUCCGGUGCUACAGCAGCUCUCAGGCCGUGCGAGGCCUGCAGGCAUCCCACCUUGCGUCAGCCACUUCCUUCUGGCCAAGCCCUGUGCUUGCUAUCCUCUGGCUUUGCCUAGCCAAAGGCUCCGGGCCGGAGACUGAGGGCCCACAGGGGUGCACCCAGGAAGCAGGAUGCACACCUAGAGACAGAACGAAGGAAGGCCUGAUGGGAUUUCCUGCAUGGUGCUGAUGGUUUCCCUGCGCCCCUUCUGCACUCCACUUCCAGAUCACACUGUUGCUUUCUGGGCACCCAUGUGUGCCCGCUCCGGGUG